ACACAACACAACACAAGUACACAACCAGCUUCAUUGGCAGCCCCACCCCUAGCCGCCUUCCGUGACACUCCACCCAAAUUAUGGAUAUUCAGGACUUGUUUAUGAAGUCAACGUUAGAUUCUAUUUUCAAAGUUGCAUUUGGAGUUGAUCUAGACAGUAUGUGUGGCUCAAAUGAAGAAGGGAAGAAAUUUGGCCAGGCUUUUGAUGAUGCUAGUGCUUCAACCAUGUUACGAUAUGUAGACAUCUUUUGGCCUAUCAAGAAAUUUCUCAACAUUGGCGCAGAGGCUAAACUUAAGAGAAGUGUCAAAACUGUUGAUGAUUUUGUUUACAAAUUAAUCAGUAACAAAGUGGAACUAAUGAAAAGUUCACAAAGCAAUGUCUCAGAAAUGCAGAUGAAAAAGGAUGAUAUCUUGUCAAGGUUCCUGGAGCAGAGCGACACUGAUUUGAAGUAUCUGAGAGAUAUAAUCUUGAGCUUUGUAAUUGCGGGUAAAGACACAACAGCAGUUACACUUUCAUGGUUUGUUUACAUGCUUUGUAAACACCAGAAUAUACAGGAAAAGGUUGCUGAAGAAGUAAGGAAAAUUACGAAAAUGGAAGGAGUUGGAAAAUUUUCAGAACUUGCUGCUAGUUUGACAGAAGAAUCACUUGAAAGAAUGCAGUAUUUACAUGCUGCAUUGACAGAAACUCUCAGACUCUAUCCAGCAGUUCCAGUCAGAAAAUUUCAUUGCUCUCAUAAUCUCAUUGUUUGUUCUCUUCCUUUUUAUUUUUCUCUUUUGUGUUACACGUUACUUGCUGAAGUUUAUGUCAAUUUCAGAGGCACAUUCCAACUUAUCAUAUAUCAACCAAGCUAAUUUCUACCUUUCUCUCAAUUUCUAAUUUUGAAAUCAAAAUAAUUGCAUUUUCUCUAAUUUCAAAGUCCAACCAAAAGGAGUCUAAGAAAUUCAGGUACUUGACAAAAAUAAACAAUGCAAUCAUGAUGAAAAACUAAUUGUCCUCUGCUACAAUCCCAUUACCAAAACAUAAAAAUAAAUAAAUUCGAAGAUAAACCAUACUUGUUAUCAAUUCUAAACAUUAAACCCUAAAACCCUAAACUUUAAACUAAAAAAAACCAAAAAAAAAAA